UCCAAUAUUGCUAGGAGUCCCCAAUAGACCGUCAUUACAUUCAACGAAAUUAAGCUGUCCACCCCUCCAUCCAGUUUGGUAUCUACCAGACGGCUUCCUGAUUGGGAACGAGAGCGCCCGUUUACGCAUUUUGAUUGGUCCAAGGUUGCAGCCCUGAGGACGAGAAGAGCGGGUUGAUUCAAACGAACGACAAGAUGGCGGCGGCAAACGUUUUGGUGGAUUCCAGAAGGGUACUCGAGGAAGUGACACAACAGAACCUGAAGUUAGUUGAGGCUAAGGAACUGCUCCAGGAGUCUGACUACAACGCCAGGUCUGUCCUGAACCACACCAAGGGCCAGUGUUCAGACCUGAAGAUGACAUGGCUGGAGCUCCAGACCAGAGUGAAGAUCAUGGAGUACCUGGAGAAGGGCAGGGACAGCUGGCCUGAGUACGGGGCUGUGGAUGUAGACGUGAAGGAAGCUAAGAAGAAGGCAUCAGGACUGAAGAAAGAAGCAGCACAGCAGGAGAAACAGUUGUCAGACCUAGCUCAACAGGCCAACACAAAAUACGAUGAACAUGUAGAGAAGGUGGCCAAAUUACAGGAGAGAAUCACCAAGGUAGAGAAGACGCAAACCAAGCUCCAAGACCUUCUACAGAAGCACCAGGCUGUGGGACAACUCUUGAACCUUCCUCAGAUCGACCAAACCUUUGACAUGGCGGCAGUACUGGAACAGCAGAGUGAUGGGGUGAGGAAGGCUGAGGCAGCGCUGCUGUCCUGUGGCGCUGUCCUGGUGGGGUUACAGCAGGAGCUGACACAGGCUGUCCAGGAGAGGGACAGCUUUCUCUCCCAGAAGGAGACAGCAGAGAAAACCCUGGAGGAGUUAGUGAACAGGAGAGAGCAGGGCACAGAGAGGGUCAGGGAACACACUGCAUGGUGCAAACAAGCUUACAGAGUACUGAGCCAGUUGAGUGGUGUGGAGGAACAUUCUGUGGUGGGGAAGAGUCUGACUGUGAAACUCCUGCCUCCACCAGACUCUACCUGCAACGUGGUUCCACUUCUCACCCUGCACUUCAGGGAACAGUUGACAGGGGGCUUCACUUUAGAAGGAGCCGUGGUUGACCCUCCCAGUCUGGAGAUUGAAGAUCUGAUCGAUGUUGCCACGGAAACCAACGACGCCCUGUUCCUUGUGAACCGCGUGCGGGAACGUUUCUUCACCCAGAUGCCUCUCCUGCAGGAGAUAGAGGGCUUACGCCACAGGUAUGCCAUGGACUACCAGGCGACUAAGAACCAAGUGCGGGUGAUGCUGGGUGAGGGGGGAAGAGUCACGUGUACCUUGGACAUCGGGAGAGACUACCCCUGUACUGAGGGGGUCCGGCUGGUGGACUGUACAGGCUUACCCGAGGGGAAAACUCUGCACGAUCUACAGCCUUUGACUGGCCAGCUCACCAGCCUGGACCAGUGGAUGGACCAUCUCACCAGCGUCUGUUCUCAGUGGUGACGGACAGGAAGGCAAGAAAUCUCUCACUGCCAUCUUCCUCGUGUACAUAUAAAAUGCCUACUAGUAAGGCCUAGGAAAAAAAUGUUGUGUUUCCCGACCGACCCUAGAAAAAAUUGCCGACCCUACCCUUUUCUUGUGGAUCCCUGCAAGGAACGAAAAUUUUUCGAGCUGACCGACCUUUUCUAGCUCCAUGAUCUGACACCUGAGUGAUGAAACGUUGUAAAAUCAGUUUUCCAACAUUGACAUUGAAAAUAAAAGUGCAACUUUCACUUUGUAAAAGUGUAUUGUGUAACUGGAUCACUAGAGAUCACCAAAGUAAA